UUUCACGAGCUCUCGUAACUCCGUCGCACGCUCACAAACACGAGAGAGCAAAGUUCAAGUCCGUCCGUUAUCCGAUCGCCCUUACGAGGUCGUCGCACAUCGAGCGUGUCGCUCCGAUCAAGCCUCAUUCGAAUUUUCGGGUUAGUCAUCCGUGGACCGGGGUGGGUAACUGCCUGCUGCUGUAUCCCCAAUUUAGACGAAGCUGAACCACAGUCAGGCGAGAACGAGUUGUCCUGAGAGGAUCGCCGCAGCAGCAAUAGACUUCUCGACGAAACUAGCGACGAACAAUAUGGAUAUUUUGGGAAAAGGAUGGUUCAGCGAAGUCAACGAUCUGUGGCCCGGCGUCGCGCUGUCGUUGCAAGUGAAGAAUGUUUUGCAUCAGGAAAGGUCCAAGUUCCAGGAGAUCCUCGUCGUGGAAACGAAAUCACACGGACGUGCUCUUAUGUUGGAUGGUAUUAUCCAAUGCACCGAGAAAGAUGAAUUUUCUUACCACGAGAUGCUGUCGUUUUUGCCACUCUGCAGUCACACGAAUCCUAGAAACUCACAGAAUCUCGUGCCUACUACGUUAGCAUCGGUCGUGCAGAUCCUGAUAGUCGGCGGUGGUGACGGUGGAAUUGUUCGAGAGGUUUUAAAACAUUCAGAUGUGGAGCAUGUGACGCUGGUGGAGAUCGACGACCGAGUUAUCGAAGUGUCCAAACAAUAUUUGCCGAGCUUGAGUGCGAGUUUGCAGGAUCUCAAAGUGAACGUCGUUGUUGGCGACGGUUUCGAAUUUUUGAGGCAACACGUCGCGGAAUACGACGUUAUCAUCACUGACAGUUCCGAUCCUGUAGGUCCUGCCGUGCGGCUGUUUGAAAAAUCCUAUUACGAGUUACUAGCAUCCGCGUUGAAACCUGGCGGAAUCAUCGCCAGCCAGGCCACCACGGUAUGGGAAAAUUUAUCACAAAUUAAAAGUACAUUUGAACACUGCAAAGCAGUGUUUCCCGUUACGGCGUACGCAACGACGGCGGUACCUACAUAUCCAACCGGCCAGAUAGGUUUCCUCAUAGGGGCACUGGACAGUCAAACGAAUCUUUCGCAACCAGUGAAAGUAUUCAAUGAGGAUGAACUCGAUCGCAUGGAGUUAAAGUAUUACAACGAUGAGAUACACCGGGCAGCUUUCGUCUUACCAAGAUUCGUGGUAAAAGCAUUCACAUCACCGCCAAGUAUUAACGAUUAUAGGCAAUCAUAACAGGAUAUAAAUAAACAUUGAAACAUAAACAGGACGUUCUUUUUCUGGUAUAUGUUCGAUAUUUUAUGGGUUAAUUUAUAUGUAUAUAAACAAUCAUUUUAUAAAAAACAGUUCAUAUGAGGUAUACAUUAGACGUGACAUUUGAAAUCAGAGUUCAAAUGAACUGUUCUUCAUAAAAUAAUAUAAUCCUUGUGGACCCUUAAAAUAUCGGACACUACUC